AUGCCACAAAGAGUUAGACCAGAAAUACAGUUAAAUGAUGGUGCAACACCACAGAAAGUAGAAUUAGAAGAAUUAUUUAAUCACGGUAGAUGGAAAAAGCCAUAUACAAUUAAACAUUUCUUGUUUUGUUUAUAUUUACCAAUUGGUUUGGUUUUAUGGCCAUUCAAAAUUAUUUUUACAGCUUUACUUUUUUUUAUUGCUUUAGUUGGACCAAAAUCAAUCUCAACAAAAACUAGACAUUUAGUUAAAUAUACUAUGGGUAUUAGAUAUGAUCUUAAAGGAGCUGAACAUAUCCCUAAAAAAGGUGAUCCAAGCGCAGCUCGUAUUUUAGUUUGUAAUCACUUAACAGAUUUCGAUCCAUAUCCAUUAUAUUUAGUUUUAGAGGGCUAUCAUGUAUUAGUAGCAUCCCAUAUUAAGAAUGUACCAGUUGUUGGUAAAGCUUACGAAAAAUUAAAUACAAUUUAUGUAGAUCAAACCAAUAAAGCCAAGGCUAGGGAGGAUGUAUUAAAUAGUUUAAACAAGUCGGAUUUACCACUAUUACUUUACCCAGAAGGUGGUUUAACCAAUGGCAAAGCUGGUUUAAUGAUGUUCCAAAAAUUUGUUUUCGGUCUUGGUCAUUCAGUAUUACCAAUUGCAAUGAAGUUAGAAAAUACAUGGCCAGUCCAUGUAGAUUAUAUUAACUCAAGUUGGUUCAAAAACUUUUUUUGGUGGAUGUUAAUACCAUAUCACACAUUCUCUUUAGAAUUUUUACCACCAGUAUCAAUCAAUUCAAAUGAAACAGAUUCUGAUUUUGCAUCAAGAGUCCAAAAUAUAAUUGCUAAUCAUCUCAAUAUUGAAGCAACACCUUAUUUCUAUUCCCAAAAGAAGGAGUUGGCUAAAAAAUUAUUAUCUCAAAGAAAAGAAUAA